AGGAGCGGAAUAAAAGUUUCCAUUACACAAGGAACACUGGAAGCCACAAGCUGAUGAAAGCUAUCUCAGCUACCGUGCAGCAGGUUUUUUUUUUUCUACCUUCUGCAGAGAAAGCUGCAAAGAAAGAAAAUGCUCACAAAGGCUUGCAAGACAAUAUUAUCCACAUCCUAGGCUUUCUUAUCUGCACUGUGAGCGCAGAAUCACAGAAUGAUGGGAUAACGUGGGCCAGAGGGGAUCUCAGGAGCUCCCUGCCCACCCUCCUGUAACUCGGCUCUGGGGUCAGACCAGGUUGCUGAGGGCUUGAGCCAGCUGAGACUUGGAAAUCUCCAAGGCUGAGGAUAGGACAUCCUCCCUUGGACAACCUAUGAUUCCUUGAAUGGUUAAUAUGAUAAAUAUAAAACAAAACCAAAUAAAUAUUCUCAUAAAUACGGUGACUUGGAUACCACUGGCGUAAGAUCAUUAAUGGUGUUGAGUUUCUUUUUGUGCCCCUUUGUGCCAGCUGUGUGCCAACAUGUAUCCAUGUUAGUCCAUGUGCCACUGCGUGCUUCUGCAUCUCACUAGAUGCUCCCAACGCACCUCUCACCACUCUGUCCUCAUUACACUUGCCCUCCUUAUAACUUCAUGCUUUUAUUUUGCGAACAUCAAACUUGCCAGGAACAUGAAAGAAGCGCGCUGAACCCAGCUCCUGCCCGACUCCUUCUGAUGUUCAGGGGGGAGAUAUACCCCCUGCAGAGAGAACGUCGAUGGCUCUGCUGACUCCUGACCGCGAUCCUGUGGGGAUCUCCAACACAGCGCUGCGUGGGUCGGCGGCACGAGCGAUACCCGUGACGGAGAACCAGGAGGAGGAACCCGGUACGUGCAGAACUCCCGAAAAGUAACAGAAGCGUUGCAAGGAGAGACAAAAGCCAAACCAGAGCCACCCGAUAGUAUUCCAGCUGUGCAAAAGUUAACGGUAACGCGCCCCGAGGUGCCAACAGCUGUCUUCUCAACGUACAGAACACAAGGACAGACGCUUAUUUCGUCUCGCUGCCGCUCAGCGGGUCUGAAGCAUCCGGUGCCGCUGAAGGGGCGCUUUCAGCCAUGUCUCAAGCCGUGCAGGCCAAUGGGACGCAGCCUUUAAGCAAGACCUGGGAGCUCAGCUUGUAUGAGUUGCAAAGAACACCUCAGGAAGCGAUCACCGAUGGCUUGGAAAUUGUGGUGUCACCCAGGAGCCUGCACAGUGAACUCAUGUGUCCCAUUUGUUUGGAUAUGUUAAAAAAUACCAUGACGACAAAAGAGUGUUUGCAUCGUUUCUGUGCUGACUGUAUCAUUACAGCCCUCAGGAGUGGCAACAAAGAAUGUCCCACGUGUCGUAAAAAGCUGGUGUCAAAAAGAUCGCUGCGACCUGAUCCCAAUUUUGAUGCUCUCAUCAGUAAAAUUUAUCCAAGCCGUGACGAAUAUGAAGCGCAUCAGGAGAGAGUGCUAGCAAGAAUCAGUAAACACAAUAACCAGCAAGCUUUAAGUCACAGCAUUGAGGAAGGACUUAAGAUUCAGGCUAUGAACAGGUUACAGAGGGGCAAGAAACAACAGAUUGAGAAUGGCAGUGGAGCAGAAGAUAAUGGUGACAGUUCACACUGUAGCAAUGCCUCAACACACAGCAAUCAGGAAGCAGGGCCUAGUAAUAAGAGGACCAAAACAUCAGAUGAUUCUGGGCUAGAACUGGACAAUAACAACACAGCUGUGGCCAUAGACCCCGUACUGGAUGGUGCCAGUGAGAUAGAAUUGGUCUUCAGGCCUCAUCCUACCCUCAUGGAGAAUGACGACAGUGCACAGACGAGAUACAUCAAGACCUCAGGCAAUGCCACUGUUGAUCACUUGUCCAAGUACCUAGCUGUGAGAUUGGCUCUGGAAGAGCUUCGGAGCAAAGGAGAAUCAAACCAGAUGAAUCUUGACACGGCCAGUGAGAAGCAGUAUACUAUUUACAUAGCUACUGCCAAUGGGCAGUUCACUGUAUUAAAUGGGUCGUUCUCCUUGGAACUGGUCAGUGAGAAGUACUGGAAGGUGAACAAACCCAUGGAACUGUACUAUGCACCAACGAAGGAACAUAAAUAAGCUGUGCUGGAAAACUGAGAUGGGACUAACUCUUUUUAUAGCGAUGACUUCUUUAAUAUUAAAAGAAGGCACUGUCAUUAUCUUCAUGGACAAUACAUAUGUGAUGCCCUCAGGCUCUCUCAGUAUAGUUAUUAAUAUGAUUAUGCAGUAUUCUUGAUUGUAUUUAAUUUAGACUUUUUUGUUGUUGUUUUUCUCCAGUGCUUGACAUGCUUUUUUUUUUUCCCAGUGUGUGAUAACUGAAUGAGUGUUCCAGUUUGGAAUGUCUUAAUUUUAUCCAGGUAAAUCUGGAUUUCUAAUACAUUUGACACAGUUAUAGUAACCUCUGUGAAGUAUUGAGCAUUGGAUGGCUAAGUAAGUCUAUUCAACAGUAACGUAUGCCAAGGAAUGUGUUAAAUGUUGUAAUUUGCUAAUGGUUAUCCAUAUAAAAGAUGGUAGAGAAUUGAUUUCUGAUAGUCUUGCAACUAGCGGAGAUCUCAUUCCCUAGGAAAGGUGUAUUAUUCAGUUUUUUUGUUUGUUUUAAACAAAUACAGCUAUAGUGAGAAAACUGACACUUUAAAAACCUUGCUACUUACUGAGCUUCAGUGCAAGGUGAUUCCUGAGGUUGGUUUGCUUUUUAACAAAUGUUUCAGUCCAAACAAAACCAAACAAACCCCAGACCCUUCCCUCUGUAGAAAUUCCAAUCUUGGUUCACACUGCAAUUUCCCACCCGACUCCUUUUGCAGUGGUAAUUCUGUCCUCACAAACUUAGUCAAAAUCUUAUGGAAGUUUUACAGCCUACUCUGUUUCAUAUAAUAACAGAUUUUCAUUGAGAACGUAUCAGAACUUGCUGUAAAGAAUCAUCUUAAAUGUUUUUUGAAAGCAAAUCCCUUGAAUUCCAGCACUCUGACAUAAUGCAAAGUGAAAUAUUUUGCUUUACAGAAUUCUUGCCACCCAGCUGUGUGCUUAUCUCAGCUUCAGUUAGACUAGGGAGGACUUCAAACAUAAGCUGCUCUAAGAUUACUUUUAUUUUUUUUUUUUGCAUAGCUUUAACAAAUGUGGCAUAGCACUUUGGAAGAAAAUGUUAGUACUUGACAAAGUUUACCACUUAGUGUCUUAAGUUUAGGUUCAAGUUUUAAAACUUGGCAGUAGGCUGUUGUGUGAAGGCCAGUAGCUGCUGUUCGUGUGCAUGUUAAACUUCUCUUCCCUGACACUGUACAUUGCUGUCAUGUCAUGGGCGUUACUUGCCUUCAGCAUUCUGUCUGACUCGAAAUGUGUUAUGGGAGAUUGCCUGUACUGUAAGACUUCCUGAGGAAGCCUCCACACAUUUGCACCUGAAGCUAGAAGCAAAAAAGUUGCUCUAAUAGAUGAGAAGCAACAUCCUCGACCAUGUCUGGCAUGGCUGCUGUGCCCUGCCUGCAGUCAGAAUGAAGAUGUGGCGUGUGGUACGUUAACGUUCAGCUGCUUGGGGACUCUCCUGGGAAGGAAAGACCCUUUUAUUCUUUCAAGAGUUACACUUGUAAAUAUGUAUCUGUUCUGACUGCUGCUUCAGAUCAGCUUUAUCCCUACGUGAAAACUACACAAGGCUUCUUUGAGUAAUUAUUGGCUCUUGGAAGCGCAUGUUUCUUGAUGACUGUAUAACGGAAGAAUUCGGUCCCCAGAAGGCUGGGGGAUAAAUUUAAUUAAAUAACGUAAUGAUUACCUUCUGUUGAAGUGUUGCAUCAUACAGAGAAUUAGUGCAUGUCUGCUGAAUAGAAUCCAGAGGGGCUGGGUGUGGUGUGAUUCUAAGCGCAUCAAAAAUUACAGAGAAAGUUCUAGAUGAGUUGCAGCACACCUUCCCAGGGCAACAGCAAAGGUCCCUUGAGCAGGACAGCUGUGAGUGAAGCUGAGCAGUCUGUUUGGGAACAGUCUGUCACUUUGUGCCCAGUUCUUUAGACUGUGUGGGAGAAUGUGAAGCUUUUAUUUUCCUGUUCAUGCUGUAGUGAAUUUACGGAACAUUUCUGUUGUCUAAAUAUUCUAUAUAACGUCGUCGUUUGAUUAAACCAUGGAUUGUACCGUGACUCACUAGUGGCAUCAACUACUUUAUUUUCGGAAUGACCUCACUGCUCUGCCUUGUUAAGCCAUGUUGGUUUUUUUGUGUUGUUUUUUUCUUUUGUCUUUUUUUUUUUCCAAGUACAUGACGUGUUAGGUGUGGAUAAGUUCCAGUAUCCAACCAGAGUUGUGAUGAAAUUCCUCUUACAAACUAACAAUAAAAGCAAAAGCGUUACCUGUA